AUGGGGACUGUCUUUAACAUCACCGUCAGCUCCAGGCAGAAUAUAGUCCAUCCACAUGAAAUUUGUGAAAUUCAAGAAAUUGAAGGACCACGAGCAAUUGCCUCUAUCCUGAACUAUUGUCAGCUUAUAUUUAAAACUGUUCAAAGACUGGAAAAUAAGUUUGAUGACUUGGAUGAAAAAGUAACAAAAAUUUAUCGUGCUCGCUCUAGAUCCUUCUGGAAUUAUCCUCCUCUGAGAUCUGCAGUCAGAAAAUACAAUUACCUGAGGUCUAAAAAAGUUAAAGUGCAGAAAGUGGAACAAAUAGUUCAUGAUAAUUCCUUCACCUAUCCUCAAAGUUAUAGUCCAACUUCACCAGUCUGCAGGAGGCAAGAUAAUGACCAGGAUAUGGAAAACAUCGAGCCCAUGGAUUAUACCCUGCCUUUCCAAUACACUGAUGCUAUCAACAACAGCCAAUCUUUCCAGUAUACCGAUGAUAUCAACAACAGCCAGACUUUCCAGUACACUGAUACAUGCACUGAUAAUGCUGACCUCAGCCAAACUAUCCAGUAUACCGAUACAGCCGACCUCAGCCAGACUAUCCAGUACACCGAUUCAGUGGACCUCAACCAGACUAUCCGGUACACUGAUUCAGUGGACCUCAACCAGACUAUCCGGUACACUGAUUCAGUGGACCUCAACCAGACUAUCCGGUACACUGAUUCAGUGGACCUCAACCAGACUAUCCGGUACACUGAUUCAGUGGACCUCAACCAGACUAUCCGGUACACUGAUAAUGUUGACCUCAGCCAAACUGUCCAGUACACUGAUACGGACGACCUCAGCCAGACUGUCCAGCAUGCUGAUACUGUCAAUAAUGCCCAGUCUUUCCAGUAUACCGAUACUGUCAACAACACCGAGAAUAUCCAAAAUACUGAGGACGAUGAUAUUUUCGAUUCAGAGGAUUCCCAGGAAGUAGUGUUUGCUGCAUCUACACCAGAGAGAGACUAUCAAGAAACUCCACCAAGUCCUGAAUAUACUACCCAAACAUAUGCGGAGUAUUACAGGUUUAAAGAUGUACCUGGCUCUUCUACAAUGCCCUACUUUAGUGACUUUGAAAUCCCCAAUAUGGACACCAUCAUUUCUGCCACUUCAAGAGCAAAGGAAGAAAGUACACUCCCUCCAGGCGAGCUUAUCCCCAUACAGAAUCCUGAAAUGAAGCGAACGGCCUUACUGGAGGCUCAGCGUACACCUGUGAUUGACCCUAACACUUUUGGUUCAUCACCUGAGUGUAACAGGGUUGUUGUAAGACACCUUGGUAACCCUGUAAACUGGUCUGUGAGUGAUGUGAUAACAUUUCUGAACCGUUUAGAUCCUCCAUUGGCAGACCAACUCUACCCUACCAUCAGAAAACAUGAUAUCGAUGGGAAAGCCCUGCUGCUGAUCGAUACUGAUACAAUGAUAAAAUAUAUGGGGGUGAAGGUGGGAGUAGCCAUAAAGUUUGGAGACUAUAUUAAAAAGCUUAAAGAAGGAGUAAACUUUGGCCAGUAAAAAAAUGUUUAUGAAACUUUAAAUGUUCUUACAAAUUCUUCCUUAAUGCACAGAUGAUUCCCUAUGCUUAUUAGAUUUUUAAAGAAGAUUCUUAUG